AUGAAGCUUAAUGACCUUACGAAGCUUUACCAAAAGAAGGUUGAUACAUACCUUAAAGAUGCUAAAGAAUAUAUAAUGCUUAAUGGAGACACGGAUAUUGAACCUGAAGAUAAAGUAGUAGAAAAACAACACAAAAAAUUUCGAGAACAUGUUGAAAGAUUUAUUAAAAACUUUGGUAAAGAGGCAUCAGACUAUAUAGACAAAAGUCUUAAGGAAUAUAUAGAAACGCAUGGAGGGAAAAGGCCACCAAAGCAAUGGGAAAAGGAACAACGAUUUUCAUUUGUUGAAGAAAGAAUAGCUGUCCCUAUUGAAAGGUUUAAAGAAAAUUUUUUCAAAAGAUUUCAAUAUGAACCUCAAAAACAUCAUUUACUGAAGUAUACAGAUUAUGGUGUGAAACAUUUAUUUUAUGAAUCGUGGAAAGAGUAUCAUAUUAAACUCUCUAACAAAAGCAAGAAGAAUGGAAUUGAACAGGAUAAUAAUGGUGUUAUCAAUCGAUAUGGAUAUCACGAGGAAAAUCCUCCAACACGUCCAAUAAAUCCAUUUAAACGAGCACAAAAAAUUGGAAAUGAUAAAUACAGGCAGCGACAGAUAAGACAAGAAAGCAGCAAGAGUCCAAUUAAUCCACUUAAACAAGUGCAGCAAAGCGGACAGGAUAAAAUCAUGCAACCAACGAAACAAGAAGAGAUGACAAUAGCAAAAGAGGUGGAAAAUUUAGCACCAAUUGAUACAUACAAACAAACAUCAAAGCGAACAUUUAAAGACGACAUUGAAGAACAAAUAUUUUCAGCACUUCAGGAAGCACCAGAUUUCGUGCAACGACAACAAGGGUUGAUGCCACCACCGAAACCAAUAAUUAAUGUUAUAGACGAAGAUGAUGGUGAAAGUUGGCAAGAAAAAAUUAAAAAAACAGGCUAUGAUCCCAGAAAGGAUCCCAUUAUUACACCUUUUAUAGCUAAACUCGUUGAAGAAGGAAUUGAGAUUCCAGGCAUGAGAGGCAUAGAAAUUAUAGAUGAUUUUAUUUAG